UGCUGCCGCAGCUGCUGCUGUGGCGAGUCUGGCACGGGCUUCCACACUGAGCCAAGAAACGAAACAAAAAAACGGAAUAACGGAAUGUUCCCGCGUUCUCCCUCAGAGAGGUCGGUUUCCACAGAACACUGAAGACGCCGCUCAUUUACCAUGAGCUGCUUGGAUGUUAUGUACCCAGCCUAUGGACAUUACGCACCGUACGCACCGACUGCUCCUGCUUUUAUCAACAGAUUACAGACUCCCGCAGGUCUGACCAGCACUCCUCCUCACUGCCGGGAUUUUAUGGACACUCCCAGGGGUCCCGAGGGGAUGUCUGGGGGCCCAGGCAACAGGGGAUCAACUUCCUCCUCAUCUUCGUCCAGCUCUUCCUCUUCCUCCUAUACGCCGGCGACUUCGAGGCCAGAGGAGGUGACCAAGGAGAAGCAGGAGGCCCCCGAGGCAGAGUACCUGACUUCUCGCUGUGUCCUCUUCACCUACUACCAGGGAGACAUCAGCAGUGUGGUGGAUGAACACUUCUCCAGGGCCCUUAGCUCCUACAUGGAUGGAGAGGGCAAACGGAGGGGGCCAGACCAGCAGGCCACAGAUACCCCUUCACCUAGCAGCCGACGAAGCUUCCCCCCAUCCUUCUGGGACAGUAACUACACCUCGCCUCAAAGCCGCUCCCACUGUGAGACGGGGGCACCCACCUAUUCCAUGGACCCAUACGCAUCAGGGCUACACCCGGGCCUGCCUCAUCCGCACGCUCAUCCUCACCCACACGCUCAUCCUCACUCCCAUCCCCACCCUCCAGAGAGCUGGGCAUACCCCCAAGCCCAGGCCUACGGGCCACCGAGGCCUCUCCACGAACUUUAUUCACCCUCAGCUCUGGAGCCUCACUACGGACCCCUGCUGAUGCCCACGGUGAGGCCACCUCAUCUCUCUGCCUUGCCAGGUCACUAUGAAGUGAGCAAGCUGGAACCCACCGCCUCCUGGCCCGGCCUGCUUCCCCCAGGAGACGUCAGCCAGACGCUGGCACUCAACAUGGAUGCAGGCCUCCAGCAGCACAAGAAAGGCAAGGAGCUGUACUGGUUCUAACGAGCCCUUCAGUCACAUUGACCAGCCAUUACCAGAUCCAAUUAGUCCCUGGACCUGGUCCGCUAUUGAAGCAGCGUGUCCCUUUAUCCCCCCCCCCACACACACUCUCACACACACACACACACACACACACACACACUGCAUCCCCAUCCAUCCACCCCCUUUUUUCUCUGCUCCUGGCCUCCCCUGCCAGUAUACAGCCUUGCUCCAGGUCGACGUGUGUGCACCAUGGAGAUAAAGCAGAGAGAGGGAGAGGGAGAAAGAGGUAGAGAGACUGAGGGUGUCGCUGUCCAUAAUCUGUGCCGUUGCUUUCUCUCCUCCGCUCCCUCUCCUGCCGCCGCAGCACAGACCUUGGCAAGGUGUGAGCCACAGUGACCUGUUUGGACUGAGAAAGACAGGAUCACAACAGACUUUUGCAGAGGACAGGGGGAAAUGGGGAUGAAUGGAGGAACAGGGGGAUAAAUAGCAGGAAGCAGGGAUUCCCUCCAACGUCCCUGGUUAUCUCCGUCUCAUGCUCUUUGUUGGUACGGUGGCUGUCAUCAUCCACUUAUCUCGCAUUUGACAAAUGCAACAUGCAGCGAUAAACAGGAGCAGCAUUUCAUGGCAGUUUUUACUUUGUGACUGUCAUCAUGAUGCCUUUUUGGGGGUUAUUAUUAUAUUUUUGCUUUUGAAAUAAAGUAGUUCUAUUUAUUGGUGUUCAUGUGCAUUUCUAAAGUGUUUGUUUUGGCCAGUGAUCGGAAAUUACUGUGGUUCAGUUUAAUGUGUGUUCCUGAAGACAGAGGUGAUGGUGGUGACCGUACCCUGUGUCUUUGAUGGAGUCUCUCAUCUGUCUCUGACGGAACCGUUUGUGGAGAACAAAGAUCAUUUCUCAAAAACAUAUCAAAAAAAUUGGUUCAGUUUAACGAGUUUGCACUGAACACCUCACAGAUUGUGCUCUUUCAAUUUGAUGAUGUUGUUCCAUUUCAGCCCUUUAUUUCUCUGUCUUUCUUAGAUGUUUUGAAUGUGGAAUUUUUAAAUAUUUUCUGGGAUUUUGUUUUUGUGUGUCAUUUCUCAUUUUUUUGUGUCGAAGAGAAUUGUGAUGUCAAUAAAUAUUUUUA